UCAAAAUUUGAUACGAAUCAAUUAACACAAAAAAGGAAGAAAACGAAUCUGUGCAACUCCAAAUCUCUUUUAGUACGUCCAUGUCUUUCCGCCAUGGAAAUGAUGCCAUCUGUUAAUACGCUUCUAUCAUCAAAGUUAUAGCACCAUUUCGUCUCUAGGGUUUCCUUUCUCUAAUCCUCGCGUCUCUCUCUAAAAACCCUCCUCGCCGAUUCGCCUCUCAUGUUUCUCAAUUCGAAACUAGGGUCUGUAAUGGCGAUUCUCCUGCAUUUCUCUUGAAGCUUUUCGCCUAAUUUCUUCACUUGUCUCGAUCUUAAAGGUCUGGUCUUGAUCGGGAAAGCUCAUUUGGUCUCUAGAACAAUUGUAUCCAUAAAGUGUCAUACUUUUUGGGUUUAGAUCAAUCAAAAUUGUUAAAAGGUUCCUACUUGUUGCUGGGUUUCUGUGAUGGACGACGGUGAGCUUGAGUUCUCGAACCAGGAAGCUUUGUCGAAUCCGAAGAUGCCUGAGUUUCCUCCUAGCAACUGUUCGAUGGAUUCUUUCUUCGAUGAGCUUCUCAACGACUCUCAUGCUUGUACUCACACUCACACUUGUAACCCUCCUGGACCAGAGAACACACAUACUCAUACAUGUCUCCAUGUGCACACCAAGAUCCUCCCUGCGCAGAGCGACGACAAAGCUUCCACCGAUGACACAUCGGAAUCUUCAGGGAAGAAGAGCAAGAAGCGACCUUUGGGGAACAGAGAAGCGGUUAGAAAGUAUAGAGAGAAGAAGAAGGCUAAAGCGGCUUCGUUGGAGGACGAGGUGAUCAGGCUUAGGGCGGUGAAUAAUCAGCUGUUGAAAAGGUUGCAAGGUCAAGCUGCAUUGGAAGCUGAGGUUACGAGGCUAAAGUGUUUGCUUGUUGAUAUAAGAGGAAGGAUAGAAGGAGAGAUUGGUGCGUUCCCUUAUCAAAAACCCGCGGUUACAAACGUGCCUUUCUCGUAUAUGAUGAAUCCUUGCAAUAUGCAAUGCGAUGUUGACAACUUGUACUGCCUUCAAAAUGGGAACAUCGGAGAAGGUGCAUCGAUGAAUGAGCAAGGGCUUAAUGGUUGUGAGUUUGAGCAGCUACAAUGCUUGGGUAAUCAGAACUUGGCUGGCAAGGAGAUUCCUCUCUGUAGUAAUGGAAAUGGAACAUUCAGUGUCGAUGCUUCUGGUGCUAAUAAGAGAAAAGGUGAGACUCGUGUGGCGAAAACAGUUUGAAGCAUCAUCAAUCAUGUAGUACUAUCCAUUUUCACAAGGGUAGUUAAUUUCUAAUAAGUAGUAGAGUUUCAACUGUGUCACCAGUUUCCCUCAGGGUACGUUUGUGCUAUUAUCAUUUUUGUAAUCUCUUUUGUUUUCAUCUUUUUUUUUAUGUGAUUGUUUCCUCGUUGAGCUCGUUGAGCUCGUUGAAGCUAGAGGUAAGACGUGUUAAUAUUCAAAUCGAAUUUGCCAGUGUUCUUGCC